GCAUCAUAUGAACAAAUGACCAGACCCCCACCCCUCCUUCCCUUUUCCUUCCAAAAACCGCGUGUCCGCACGUCCCAGCCCCAGAAGGUCGCAGGCCCGGCUUCUAGGAUGGACUGUACUCUGCUGCUGCUGCUCUCCCUCUGGGCUCUGACUGGAACCAUCACCCCGCAGCCUACACGUACUACAGAGUCUUGCCCACAGAGACUUCUGGGAGACGAGAGGAAGAGGACAUGUCCUCGUCCAUGUAAAGCGGACAAAGACUGUGGCAGCAGGCGUCAGUGUCUCUGCGAUGGCCAGUGUGGUCUCAGCUGUGUGGCUCCAGGUCGUACUUGUCCUUGGCCUCUGCCCCCUAGAGAAGACUCGGUGGCCCGCCUCCUCUCUCCCACCCCGUCUUUUUCCGCCCUGAUGGAAGUGCGAUGCAAGCCGGGAUUCGCUCUGCCCAGCGGCCUGGAUGCCACCAUUCGGCGUUGUCAAGGUGACCGCCAGUGGAGUGGGGAAGAACCCAUCUGCGCAGCAGCAUCUCCUGCAAUCCUGACCUGCCCGCUUCCUGACGAUGUGACCAGUGCCUUCGGCAUCGAGGGUGACGCCGCCGUGGGGACGUCUAUCCGCUACAGCUGCCUGUCAGGGGCCGACAUAGUGGGAAGCAGUGAAAAUUACUGCCAGGAUAAUCAAACCUGGCAAUAUCCGCAUCCCAUCUGUAAAAAGGUGUACUGUGAGCCCCCCAGAGAGGUGGAGCAGGGCUACGUGGUGGCGGUCCAAAAGACGGAGUACGAGGUGGGUUUUGACAUCCAUUACCUCUGUAAGAAGAACUUUUGGCUGGAUGGACCCCAGAAGGUCACUUGCUUGUCCAAUGGCAGCUGGAGUGCGGCGCCGCCGUCCUGCAGGGCUCGCUGCCUGAUCCCUGCCGAGAGAAGCCGCGUGAUGAUUGACGGCGUGAAGCGCUGGCCCUUCGACAUCACAGACGCCAUGGUUCCUCACGGAGGGAAUGUGACGUUCUACUGCAAACACCCUCACCAGCAGUGCAGCUUCGGUGCCACGCGGACGUGCUCGGACGGCAAGCUGCAGCCGCCGGCCUGCUACCUUGAGCCCACAUGGCUGCAGUAUAAACUCUUCCCUCACCGCCUCGUCUCCGAGAUUGAAGCGUGCGAGGCCGCCUUCGUGGAGACGACCUUCUGACGUGCCUUGGAACGCACUUGUAAAACCGUGGGCACCCUGUGGUGCUCAGUCUAUCAAACGGCAGGCUUGAAUCCAUCACUUUGACCCCCACCAAUCAAUAUUGUAAAUAGCAAGUAUGAUAAUAGACACUUCAUUCGAUACAUCUGCUCAUUCAAUGUUUAUUGUUGCAUCAUGCAAAAAAACGCACUAUCAAAUCGAUAGCGUACCUAAUGAAGUGUCCCCCUGGGUGAUGCACACGCAGUGCCAGCUAUAUACUGGAGAUUUUGUGGGGGCGCGGUUGGGUUUGGACACCCCUGCUGGAGAUGUACACAUUAGCAUCUUUUCCCCUUUUCUCUGCACAACCGGACGCAUCGAGUCUUGGAAGGCUUGGAAGUUUUACUGAUCGACUGGAGUGAUUGAAAUAAAAGUUUGUCACCACA